CAAUGGAGCUUUUGGUGCAGCUGAAUGUAAAUUCACAGUGCAAAGGAGUAACUCCCUCUCCAUCUGCUCUUGCUCACCAGGUCCUGGAGAAAUAUCCCAACACGCCCAUGAGCCAUAAAGAGAUCCUUCAAGUUAUCCAGAAAGAAGGACUUAAGGAAAUCAGUGGGACAUCCCCCCUGGCCUGCCUGAAUGCCAUGCUGCACACCAACUCCCGUGGUGAGGAGGGCAUCUUCUACAAGGUCCCGGGCCGCAUGGGCGUCUACACCCUCAAGAAGGACGUCCCGGACGGGCUGAAGGAGCUGUCGGGCUCUGAGGAGAGCAGCGAUGGCCACUCGGACUCGCAGAGCUCGGAGCACAGCAGCUCCAGCAGCGACGGCUGCGCCAAGGACCGCAGGAAGAGCAGGUGGAAAAGGAAAGUUUCGUCCCGCCUGGCGCCGGCAGCCCCCGCCCAGCCCGGCUGCCCCUCGCCAUCCAUCCCUGCCAAGGGCCUCUCCUCCUCUCAGAAACACAGCAAGAAGGCUCUCAAACAGGCCCUGAAGCAGCAGCAGCAGAAGCAGCAGCAGCAGCAGCAGAAGCAGCAGCAGCAGCAGCAGCAGCAGUGCCGGGCGGGAAUGGCUCCGGGAAUGGGGCCGGGAAUGGCGCUGCCCUCCAGCCAGCACGUCCUGCUCAAGGCCAAGGGCGCCGCGCCCGGGAAGUCGGGCUGGGAAGGGAAGCAGGAUGGACAUUCCAGCAGCCCCCCAAACUCCACGUCCAGCUCCUCGCCCUCGGUGAAGCUGGAGAACUCCCUGCCAGGGCUGGGCAAGAAACCCUUCCCGAGAUCCGACAGGCUCCACGCACGUAAGAGAUGGAUUUCCCUGCUUUCCCGGGGUUUGGCUGCUCCAGUGCCAGGACAGAAGCCUAAAACAGCAAAAAUGGAGUGAAGUGUGCUAAUUCCAUUGCUGAGGGACCCUGGAAGGUGCUGCCAGCCUGCUGGGAAUUGGGAUAAAUAAUUCAUAGUGCCAUGUUCAGAUCAGCCCUUCCCAGGCCUCGUCAGCUGGGCCUCUCCUGGGGAUUCCCAGCUCUUGGAGAGCACAAAAGGACCUGCAUUAUUUAUGGGUUUUUAAUGUACUUACACGCUCCAAUAACAUGAAAAAGGAAAAGAAGUUCCUCCCUGGAUCUCUGUCCCUCAGACCCCGCUGGAUUUGGCUCCCAGGCUUUGCUGGAGCUGGGGCUUGCUCAGCCCUCCCGACCUUCCUGGUUCCUUUUACGUUCUCCAAGGGUGGGAUUGACCAUGGUGAAUUUAAGGAUAUUCUUACAAAGUCCUGGAAUGUCCUGGGGGGGAAGAAACCCACGAGGAUCAUGGAAUCCAGCUCCUGGUGCUGGCCAGGAUA